CGCGGCGCCGUCGGGGCUGGCGCUUCCCGAUCCUGCAGGAGAACGCGGAUUGCUCGCUCUGCUCUCCUUGGUUUCUCUUUCUCUUUGCAGCGAACUGCAGCUUUCUUCAGAUCAUAACUCCUUUACGCGUGUGCUGCUUUUGCUUCAGUAUCUGUUCAGGCAGCUUGUGAUAACUUCUUAAGGCAGAGAGAAAGCAGCAGUAUGAGCAGGGUUCUCGGCUGUCCUCUCUCAUCCCAGCUUCUCUGCGACAGUGAUAGUGAAGAGAGCAGGACAGCUGAGUCUUGUUUGCAAAAAAGUACACAGAAAAGGGGCAGUCUAAGAGGAAAACGGUUGUUGUAAAGAUAACUACUGUAUCAUUGUAUUUCUGAGGUAUUGGUUUAAGGUUGCUUUUUUGUUUCAGUACAGAGUCGUGUUUUGGUAAGCUGUUUACCAAACUGGGGAUAUUAUGGAGAGAUUUGAUUUUUAAUUCAGUAAGGGUACUCUUAUUUGUAUUCAGAAAUAUUCUUCUCGAUCUAGGAAUACUUGCAUAAUGCUUGGCUUUGUAGCCUAGCAAUAAAGAAAGGUAGUUGCUGCUUUCAGCACAGGUUUUACUUGUUUUUGCUUAGCAAGAGACAAUUUUCAUAGUUGUUUUGGGUUUACUCCAUCUCUUCUUGUUUUAUUUAAAACCUCUUGCUGAGUCUAGUGGCUAUUUCAAUCAUACAUGAUUAUGGGGACUCGUGUUAAGGACUUCAUAUAAAUAAUCUAAAAAGAGCUUGAUUCAGACUUUAUUUGGUCUUAAUGCUGUUCUUCAGUGAGUUUUUUGGGGGUAAUUAAAGAAGGUGAUUCAGACUUUAUUUGGUCUUAAUGCUGUUCUUCAGUAAGUUUUUUGGGGGUAAUUAAAUAGGCUUAUGCUAUUAUUAUCAUUUUUAGUUUUAAGUAGCAAUAUAUAACUAAUAUAGCUAUAGUUUUACUUGCUCUUUUUUCCUCUAGCUGAAGUUGAGGAAAAGUGGAACUAUAGAUACUUGCACACAGUUUCUUUCUUUUAGAGGAUAAGCAAGAUGAUGACUUUCCUUUUUUUCUAUUCCAGGGAAUUUGCUAAAGAUAAAUGACACUACAGGUGAACUGAAUAACCAGAUGGUACUUUAGAAGUCACAUUUGAAAUGACUGCCUUAGGAGAUCAUCAGCAGAAGAGUGAUUGCUUUUGGUAAAGAUUUAGGUGUUUGUGCAUAAUUCUGCUUCCUGUUGAAAUAUCUGAGUUUGAUUUGGUGCGCUCAGAAAGGAAAGGACACAGCAAUGCCUCUUUCUUGAGAGGUGGCUUUGGCUCAGUAAAGAUCUGCAUACCAGAAGGCACCCAGGAGUGCUGAGAUGAAUAAACUGAAGAUGUGAGCGCUGUGUGGUGCUGCGUUUUUUGAAGUUUCCCCCAAACCAGAAUAAGACAUCAGAAGAAAUACUACACCAUCUGCAGAACAUCGUAGAUUUUGGAAAACAUGUCAUGAAGCAGUUCUUUGGAGAGAAUUAUGUUCAUCAUGGGGAAAUUGUUCAACUGCCUUUAGACUUCGUAAGACAGCUGUGUUUAAAGAUUCAGCCAGAGAGGCCAGAGUCUCGCUGUGAUAAAGACAUGGACACUCUUAGUGGUUAUGCAAUGUGCCUUCCUAAUCUUACCAGGCUGCAGACCUAUCGAUUUGUGGAACAUCGACCAAUCCUCUGCAUAGAGAUUAAGCCAAAGUGUGGCUUCAUUCCUUUUUCCAGCCAUGUUUCACAGGAGAUAAAGCACAAGGUGUGUCGUUAUUGUAUGCAUCAGCAUUUAAAGGUAGCAAAUGGAAAAUGGAAGCGACCAAGUAAAUACUGUCCAUUAGAUCUCUUCUCAGGAAAUAAACAGAGAAUGCACUUUGCUUUGAAGAGCUUAUUACAGGAGGCACAGAACAACUUGAAAAUAUUUAAGAAUGGUGAACUAAUUUAUGGCUGUAAAGAUGAUCAGGACUCUGUCUCUGACUGGAACGAGCUUGCUCGUCACUUAAAACCUUUCUUUUUUCCCUCAAAUGGGCUGGUCAGCGGACCACACUGUACAAGGACAAUUGUUAAAGAACUAAUCCACGUUAUAACUAUGGCGCUACUAAGUAGUACUGAUGCCUGCAGGGCAGGUGAUAUGAGGACAGUUCCCAUUUCACAAGGAAGAAGCUACUGUGAAGCAAGUGCUUUUAAUAAGGAGCUAGUAAGAAAUGGGAAACAUAAAUUGGAAAGCUCUGGCUUGCCGAGGGGUUGUCUCCUUUACAAAACCCUUCAGGCUCAGAUGCUUGACAUGCUGGAUAUUGAAGGACUCUAUCCUUUGUACAAUCGAGUUGAACAGUACUUAGAGGAAUUUCCUGAAGAGAGAAGUACAUUGCAAAUAGAUGGACCUUAUAAUGAAGCAUUUUAUGAGAAGCUGCUAGAUCUUUCAACUGAAGAUGAUGGAACAGUAGCAUUUGCACUAACAAAGGUGCAGCAGUACAGAAUAGCAAUGACUGCGAAAGACUGCUCCAUCAUGAUUGCCCUUUCACCUUGUCUACAAGACGAAUGCUCUGAGCAAAGACCCAUGGUACUAGCAUCCAAAUCAAGAUUCACCUUUUCUGUUUCUGUUCUGGACCUCGAUCUUAAACCAUAUGAAAGCAUUCCUCAUCAGUACAAACUUGAUGGCAAGAUAGUAAACUAUUAUUUGAAGAAUGUACAGGCCAAAGAUGACCCAGUUAUGUCCAGUCUGUUCAAGGAGAAUGAAGACUGCACCUUAGUUCUCCAUAAAGUGUAACUGUUUCCUUAAGGUUAUUUUUUAUUUGAACACAUUAGAAAAUGAAAGGUUAAUGAAAUAAUUAACGGUGAUUUUUUUUUCUAUUGUGUUCAGUGCAUUUUUCAGCUGUGAAUGUUUUUGCUUUAAGAAAUGAUUUCUGAUUGGUAUGCCUUUUCAAAGACAUGGAAUAGCACUAAAACAUGCGUUUGCUAUUUAACCUUAAUGAAUGUAUUUAAUAUGGCAGAGCAGAUAAUGUGCCAUACCUUGGAACUAAAGGACAGAUCCACUUAAUUCUAAAAGUCCACUUCCUUAGAAUCGAAAUAACACAGAAUUAGAGGUUUCCUGAAGUAUUGCACUAAUAUAGAAAGCCUAAUUACUAAUAAGAGAAUUGCCUUGGAGCUUGUGCUUUUUGAGUCUCGCACAUACAUAGCUACUAGGAAGAGGAAAUGCUUUGACAAAAACCUAAUAUAAAACUUACUUACUUACUUACUUACUUAAGCAUUAAGUCCACUGAAGAUACAGCUGAAGUGGCUAUUAAAGUAAGUAUUACUGAUCUAUGGAAAUACCAUGUUAUUGCAGAACACUUUAAGUACUAAUGCAUGAAAUUAAGAACUCCAGACUGCCUCCAGAAGUUUUGUGAUCACUUUGUAUCUCCUAAAGCUUCUGAAACUAAGUGAAAGGGGUUAAAGGUAAGCAUCUUUGAAUUUUAUAUGAUAGCUGAGUUUAACAACUAGUCUGACACAUUGGUCUUCUAUUUUCUCUACAUGAUAUGCUGCUAUUGGAGGUGAAACCACAGCUUGCUCUUUCCUAAGUUAAAUUGAGCUCUAGGAAUUAUAUAUUCUGAGUUUUCUAGAUUACUUUGGGUCUUUCAGACUGUGUUGAAUGUUGAUAUUAUUUCACUGACAUCCCAUGUAUUAUGUAGCACGACCAACUGCUUUCAGGCUGCUUGUUUUAAGUAAGUGAUACACAGAAGAAAGAUGACAGUAUCUGCUUUUCUUGUUUUUGAAGUGGCAGGGAAUCACUUUCUGAUGGUGAGUACUGGAGCUAAGUUUAUAUUGCUACUUCAGCAGUUUAAAGAUGGCUUUACUUUGUAGAGUAAAUAUUCCUAUGUGCAAGUGAAAUUUUGAGAUGUUGCAGUUAACCAUCUUCAAGGUAGAUCCUGAGUAAGGAGAUUGAAGAUAUAUUCAAAGCUGUGGGUAGCGUGAUUAAAAAAAACUACAGGGACUCUUCCUGUGUGCUUGGGGUUUGCAUACCCUGAAAUGUGCAGAGAGACGCUAUUCAAGCUACAGCGGACUGCUGUUAUCAGUAUACAAUGUAUGUAUACCGAUAAUUGUUUUGGAAAACAAUGUAGGUUAUAAUCUUUAUAAAAAUGUAUUUGGAUCUCGGUGUAAUCUUUGAGUAGUUCCAUUUUAUCCAAAUUAAAAAGCAAAAGCGGAAGAUUGCAACCCUGUAUAUUGGCAAAAUUCAAGGUAGGAAUACGGCAUAAUACUACUCAUAGCAAUACUGAUUUACAGUGGGAAGGGAACCACAUCAGCAGUCUCUUACACUCACCUGCAGUUGUUGAUAGUGUGCCUUUCUGGUGUAGGGUUGUGGGCUGCUCUUCAGUUAAAUGUGAUACUACAACAGUGUAAUAAGCUGGGAGUUGACAGUGGUAAAAACACUUCUAAAGAAAACAUGGGAGAGAAGAUCCAUUUUUAAAAACAGAAAUCCUCCAACUCUUAGGCAAAACAAGAAAGGGUUAUCCACAGCUGAAAAAUUAAGUUUUCAGUUUUUUUAUGCUGUAACUUUACACACAUUUCAUAUGCAAAUAGAAGUGUAUGUGCUGACUAAACAGUUUCAUUUUCAUCCAAGAAGGAUCUAAAGAUGAAACUAACUAGAGUAAAGGUUGCACAGAACUAGCUAAAGCAGUAACAUGUCAGUGGAUAAAGUAGCAAUGAUUUUUGCUUGUCUGCUGGAAUUCAAACUUGAAAACAGUCUGCCUUAUAUCUGAAAAGAAAAAAAUGUAAUAUAGAGUUGUUGUUCAUCAAAACUUGAUUUCUAGCAUUGUUCAGCUGCAGAUUCCAACACAAACCAGUCUGUUCCUUCAAUUUUUCUUGACUUAUCAGAACAGUAGGAGACUAUUUCAGUGAUCAAAUAGUGAAAUAUUAAAACUACAGUAUUUAAAACAUACUAUUGUUUUAAAAUUAAUAUUUUUAGUUCUUAGCUACCUAUUUCCCCACUGCUAUGCAAGAUUUUGUCAUGUGUUUAAAAAAGAUAACUAAAAGACAGAGCAGACAUUUGUACUGUUUGCAUGGUCAUAGCAUCUAUGGGCUUAAAAAGGAACUCUCAGUAUUACUGAAGAGUCUGUGUUGUCGUCAUCUUUGGCCUCUUGAUUCCAAGAACAACGGCUGUUAUGCUGUAUAUAAGAAGCGCAUGACUGACUGACUUCAAAUUGUGUAGGCACGUUUUGGACCAAGUCCUUUGGCUGUGAUAGCGAAUGCAGCAGUAUUCUUUUGAAAAAUGCUGUGAGUUUGUAAAUGAGUUAAUGGUACAUCUGAUGGAAGUGCAGGAAGACUACAAGACACCUCUCUGCUUUGUUUGUUUAGGGACAAACGUAUGAAAUGCAAUGCUUUCAUAAUGUGUUAUCUGCUAGAAUUUUUCCACAAAAAGUAGAAAAUCAAAAUGAAGUACUGCUGUGAGCAACAGUUAAUUCUCCCAUUUCUUUCUUUUUACAAAAGUAUAACAGUCUUUCUUCUUUAGUUUAGGUUUUCGUUCCAAUUAAUACUGUUCAACACUUAAAUUAUGGAAAAAAAGUUAUUUCACACAGUUGCUCUUUAGCAUAACACUUUUUUAAAAACUUCUAAUUGUUUGUCUACUUCCACCUAAUUUAAUAAGAAAGUUACUUAACUCUUUGUUCUGGAAGUCUCUUACUGUUCUCUAGUCAUUUUAAAAUCACUGUACUUUUACAGAGCUGUGAAAUGAAACUUCCACUUUUUAUGGACUUGAUUUUGACAGUGCAUGAUCUUUUAACACUUUCCAGGUAUCUAGAAAAUGUUAAGAAGACAAACCACUCUGGUACAUUAUUGAUUCAAAAAGAUAAAUUUAUAAUGAAAUCACUCUGUACAUGUAACUAUUUUAUUUGGCAUUUUUGUAUUUAAAUGGCUGUAUUUAUUUUCAUGUCAUGACAAUUUAUAUAUAACGUGCCAUAAUUGUACAGAUAGCAUGUUUUAUGAGUAUGGUUUCUAAAUGGAGAAUAACUUAAUGUUUAUAUUCAAUAAAAUUAUAGACUGUGUAACACAAUAUGUUAAUUAAAACUACUUUUGAAAUUGCUACCUGUUAUAAGUAAUGCUGGCAUUCACUUUUUCAAGCCAACCACUUUGAUAAGAUUUUCAAUAGCUGUCUCAAUCCCAAACAAAAGCAGCAUACUUCGGAAGCAGGUAGGUGCAUUUUCAAUAGUUGCUAUCUUCUGCUCCAGGACUACAAGAAAAAUACAGAAAUGGACAUUAUUUUCAAAGACUUAAACUAUUACUGAAAGCAUCCACCUGCCUCACAUUUUUGGAUAAAACAGGUCACCCGCUGCCUAAAACAGAAAGACCCACUUUUUCUUGUAAUCCCAUCUAAAUUAAAGGAAGUAAAAUCA